UACUUUUUAUUCAGAAGCAUGUGAUGGAGGCUACGGGAAAACACAUAUUCAUCAAUAUUUGCAAGAUACCUCUUCUUCUUCUCUUUCUGUACAUGUUCAUCUGUUCUCUGGACAUCCUGAGCUCAGCCUUUCAGUUAGCCGGAGGUAAGGUCGCAGGGGGCAUUUUCAAGGAUAAUGCGGUUCUUUCUAACCCUGUGGCGGGACUGGUGGUGGGAAUACUGGUUACUGUCCUCGUGCAAAGUUCCAGCACUUCUACCUCCAUUGUUGUCAGUCUGGUUUCCUCUGGAUUGCUGGAUGUGGGAUCCGCCAUCCCCAUCAUCAUGGGCUCAAACAUUGGCACAUCUGUCACCAACACCAUCGUGGCUCUGAUGCAGGCAGGGGAGAGAGAGGAGUUCAAACGAGCUUUUGCUGGUGCCACAGUGCACGAUUGCUUUAACUGGCUGUCAGUGCUGGUGCUGCUGCCGCUGGAAGCCAUCACAGGCAUGAUGAGGUUAAUGUCGGAGGCAAUUGUUGAAAGUUUCAAUAUCGUGACCGGAGAGAAGGGUCCAGAGCUGCUGAAAGUCAUCACAGAACCUUUCACCAAACGUAUAAUUCAGCUGGAUAGAACUGUAAUAGUAGGCAUAGCAACAGGGCAAGAGGUGCUGCGCAAUAAGAGCCUGAUAAAAGUUUGGUGCCAGACACAGAUUGCGAUCCAAAAAAAUGCUUCUUUUGUGCCUUCUGAAAACUCAACAGUGCUAACCACAUCUCUCCACAUGAAUGCUGAAAAAUGCACUCAUCUAUUUGUGGAGACGAGAUUGUCUGAUCUGGCUGUGGGGUUGAUUCUGCUGGUUUGCUCGCUGCUGGUUCUGUGCACCUGCCUCCUGCUGCUGGUUAAGCUCCUCAACUCCCUCCUCCAGGGACAAGUGGCCAAGGCCAUCCAAAAAGUCAUCAACACAGAUUUUCCUUUUCCGUUCAGCUGGUUGACUGGCUAUCUGGCCAUUCUAAUUGGUGCUGGGAUGACCUUCGUGGUUCAGAGCAGUUCAGUGUUCACGUCUGCCAUCACUCCUUUAAUAGGUAUCGGUGUGAUAAGUAUCGAGCGGGCCUACCCUCUGACCCUCGGAUCCAAUAUAGGAACCACCACUACAGCUAUUUUAGCUGGAUUAGCCAGCCCAGGAGACAAGCUAGCAGCGGCCUUUCAGGUUGCUCUGUGUCAUUUCAUCUUCAACAUUCUGGGCAUAUUACUGUGGUAUCCAGUUCCUCAUACCCGGCUCCCCAUCCGUAUGGCAUGCUUUCUGGGAGAGCGGACCGCAAAAUAUCGCUGGUUUGCAGUGCUGUACCUGAUUCUGUGCUUCCUCCUUCUGCCAUCCUUUGUCUUUGCCCUCUCUAUGGCUGGAUGGCAGAUUCUAAUGGGAAUAUGUGUACCGGUUGUUGCUGUUCUGCUUUGCAUUGUUAUCCUGAAUAGACUGCAAUCACACAAGCCUCACCUCCUGCCUCGGUGGCUGCAAACGUGGGACCACCUGCCUCUCUGGAUGCACUCACUCAAACCAAUGGAUUCCAUCAUCACAAGAGCCACAUUGUGCUGCAGGGAAGCCCAGACCCGAGAUCAGAGCCGCACGUCUCCUGAGGAUCUGACAGACUAUGAAGAGGAGAAAAAUCAUGCACCUUUGGCACAAAAUGGCUCAUGUUUGAUUUAUGAUCAUGAAACUGAGACUGGGGCUGUUUUUGACUCAAUGAAUGGCAAGUGCAGCAGGCUGUAGACUAUAUGGGUGGUGAUUCAAAUAUUUUUGUCUAUAAACAGGGUGUCUGCGGGGUCUUAAUAAGUAUUAAAA